UUGAGUUUAUUUGAUAGAGGAUAAAGAUAUCUUGGGACUAGAGGAGGAGGAGGAGGAGGAGGAAGAGACCGAUCAUUCGUCGUCGUCAAUGGAGAUUUCUGCGUCUGCUUCUUUAACUUCAUCUGGACUCGUCCCUCGUCUUCUUCCCUUGCUCUAUCCUCAUGCUCCGACUACUUACUGCAAGCCGUUGCUGUCUUCUUCUUCUUCUAUUAGACUCGUUUCUUCUCACAGACGUAUCAUAGCUCCGUCUCUGUGUCUCGCCGAUCAAUCUGCCUUCACCGGGACCAGUGUUGUUGAUUCGGAACCCAUAGAUGCUGUAAAGAGGAAAGCUAUGGACAUAGCCCCUGAACUAAAAGGAGCUUCAAUAUUUCUGGUUGGGAUUAAUAACCCCAUUAAAACGAACACGGGAAAGCUUUUGGCUGAGGCAUUACGAUAUUACUACUUUGAUAGUGAUAAUUUGAUCACUGAGGCGGCUGGUGGAAAUUUGUCCGCUCAAGCUUUAAAGGAAGCUGAUGAGAAGGCUUUUCAAGAAUCAGAGACUGAAGUGCUAAAACAGCUAUCAUCUAUGGGUCGGCUUGUAGUUUGCGUUGGAGAUGGUGCAGUCCAGAGCGUGAAAAAUCUUUCACUUCUGAGACAUGGGAUCUCCAUAUGGAUCGAUGUUCCUCUGGAUAUAGCUGCUAAAGGGGAUGAUGAUUCAUCCAAUUCAGAACCUUCUUCUAAGUUGUUUGACACACUAAAAGCGAGUUACGAAAAAUCAAGAAAGGGUUACGAAACAGCAGAUGCAUCAAUUUCCCUUGAAAAAAUAGCCACAAAGCUGGAAUUUGAAGACUUGGAAACGGUAACUUCUGAAGACAUUGCUUUGGAGGUUCUGAAAGAAAUUGAGAAGCUGACGAGAGUGAAGAAAAUGAUGGAAGAAGCUUCACGACCUUUCUAGGUCGAUCUUAUUCUCAUUUCAUAUGGAUUUAUCUUGUAUGUAGUAUAUAGUCUCGACACCAAAUGUAGCUUUUUGCAUAAAAAUUUAUUUUAUACUCUCCAACUAAUGAAGGGGACUACAGACACUGACAUUUGUAAUACAAGAGAGGCUCAUCAGCUUUGGGUGGUGGAGAAUCAAUGAAUCAUCAUCAUCGCCA